AUGGAUACGGCUUCCAUGAACACAGCUCCCCCCAGCGUACGCCCUCCAGUUAUCGUCUGGAGACGCAUCAACCGCUACGCCGACCACCUCAUCAUCUCGGUCCAUAAUAAUGGCUUGAGAUUCGACAUCCACAUUCAACCUGAAUACUUUGAGCAAUCACAAGAUAUCAAGAGCUUCUGUCUUGAACACCUUGAACGCGUCCGUGAGAGAACCGACGUUACUGAAACCGAGGAGUGGCUCGGUAUGAAGAAGUGGCGGCCCGAUACCAAUCCAGAGUACUGGGGCUUACAUGCCGGGAUCAAGGUAAUACCGUCCGAUCCUCCGGAGGACUACUUCCUCGAAUUCGACGACUGGGUGGUCACAAUCUGCCGGCCCCACUUUGCCAUAUACAAGCCGGUCAUGCAACGCGAGUAUAUUGAGACACAGACUGAUUCUCCGGCCCCGCACAAUUUCCGGGACGGUGGGAAUGGCGGACUGCUAUUGUCGCAGCUCCUCUUCCCGAUGAUCCGGACCUGGCACUUAGAAUGCGAGUACGGGAACGUCUCGUUACGCAUCGAUGACAGUGUCAGUAGCGACGAGGAGUCCGAGCAGUUAAGGAAGGAGUUUAUAUGUGGUAGAUCUGAGGAAGAGAAGCUGAAGAAGUCUGGCAAGCUGGUUGACUCUUCCAAGAUCGAGGUCAAGCAUGGCAAUGAGGAGCAGUUCUUUCUGGGCCAUCCUAUAUUCGUCUACGCGCCCCUGAAUGGCGACGGAUGCCUGACCUUGUGCCGCUUCAGGCCCUUUCAUGAUAAGGAGAAAUGGUUUGGAGAUUGGUGGCUUGUCAAGUACGUGGCGAUGAUGAAGAACGGCUCGCCCGCAGUCAUCGACGGCGAGCAGAUUUUGGGGAUUGUGUCGAAUACGGAACCUUUUUCGUAUAUAUCGGAUAUUUCGUUCUCCGGUAUUCUCUUUGUUUAG